GCGAACAGGUGGCAAGCCAAGUCCUAAUGCGUAGUGCGAAUGUCUGAGUCAAUAGCCAGUGAAAUGCAUAAAGAAUUGACCGCUUUCAAUGAAAGGAUAUGAAUUCAGACGAUGGGGAAAAUGGGGACAAGGAAUAGCCGAUCAAUGCAUGAAGCUCCUUCCGUCGACGAAGGCCCAGAUGCCGACAUUGAGUCACCAAGGUCACCUCGAGAUAACUGCAUGUCCAGUUGUGAAAACAGUCUUGAUGAACGCGGUUCAAAGAAAGGCUCAUUUUUGCGUAUUUUACGAGGUCGAAGAGCCAGAAACAAGUCUCAGGGUAGCGAAGGAAUGAUGUCUGAUGCCUGCUCUCUGGAAUCAUCAUUCAACUGUGCAGCAGAGCGAAGCGAGGGAAUUGACGGAUUGCUGUUGAAGACGAAAUUCACAAGGGCAGAGUUGCAAAGAAUGUACAGAGGCUUUAAAAAUGAUUGUCCUGAAGGUUAUGCCGAUAAGGAGGCAUUCAAGAAAAUUUACGCUCAAUUUUUUCCUCACGGAGACUCCGGACAAUACGCUGGUCUUGUUUUCAACGCAUUUGACCUGAGCAGAAGAGGAAAGCUUUCAUUCGAGAAUUUUAUACUGAGACUAUCGACUGCACUGCACGGAACCACAGAGGACAAACUAAGAUGGAUGUUUCAUAUUUACGAUGUUGACGGGGAUGGAAUCAUUUCAAAACCAGAUUUGAACGCCGUGGUUUCGGCUGUCCAUAAUUUAAUCGGAUCUUCCGGGCCAAAUGAGAAUCACGCCAUUAACAAUCAAGUGCGUCGAAUCUUUGAGAUUCUUGAUAAAAGUGACAGUGGCUGUGUGACGCAAGAUAUAUUUAUCGGCACCUGUGCAAAUGACGAAUGCAUCAGUCAAAGUCUGGCAAUGUUUGAUUCAAAAAGAUGAGAUCGUAAAUUAUUGGAUGUUCGUUUGGACAGUUUUUUAUUGCUUAGAACGAGAUAUAUUUAUGGUUGCUUAUAAUGGUUUCAUAGAUCUUUUUAUCUCCUUAUGAAAAUCAAAAAUAAUGAAGGGUCUCUUGCAGGGACGAAACGAUAAUUGCGAUAUCACCAGAUCCGAUAUUUGGGGGUGCAUAUUCAUAUACUCGUUGAUUCUGCCCGACGGAUUUCAGGCCGAACAGAUUAUAUUAAUAUUCACCCUUUCCCCAAUUAUCACCCUUUCCCCAAUUAUCACCCUAGUCUCGUUCCUGGUCUCUUGGUAGUUUAUCCCAAGACAGCGAGGCCUAUAUGCUGUGAACACCCUGAAGCUUGCUAAUUUUUUAUUAUUACCACAGAGGGAUAGCCAAGGUGGCAGUCGCGGUGGGCGUCUUCCUCUGUUAAAAUUAUCCCCCCCCGAGAGAAUUAUUUCAUAAAAGCCGGUCCCAUCUGUGUACUUAACCUCGUUGGUCAAAAAUCCUGGCUACGCCUCUCUCCAGUAGAUAAGGGAGGGAGGGGGGGGUUAUGAUACUUCUACAAAGCCGCUAUCUUAUGACAGUAAAACUUCUUUUAGUUUAUCUUAAUAUGCAAGCCCAACAUUAAAUUAGUGUUCGCCACUGAUUUCAAAGUCAUUUUUUGUUCAAAAGGGCUUCACCAACUGAGCUUCAAAUCUUACUAACUUUAUAGUCGAUCAGUGGCGAGUUUAAUAUUAAUACAUAUGAUAAAAUGAAUACAUUUUUAUGCUCUCAAAUGAGAUGAAUAUUUAAAACUGUUAGUUAAGUGAUAUAAAAUACAUGUAUUUAAUACUCAGAGUUCAACCACGUUUCUCUAAGAAAGGUGCACGGGGAAACAAUUUUAGCAGUUGAUUUGAGCAGCAGCAGAUGUUUUUGGUAAUAGAAGAAAGAAAUGUUUUCACUUUUAAUAGCUAGGCAAACAGCACCCUCAAAGUCUUGGAUGAAAGGAUUAAGUGAAAGAGACAACAACAGCCUUUGCCUUUCAGCAUCAUCAUGAGUCGCCAAGUGGUUAAGGCACCUACAACGUUCAAGCCGUUGGUUAGAACCUUGCAACCUUACGACC